UCGACAUUGAUCUUGUUGACAACUGGCCUGGUAACACGACGCUAACUAUCCUCCAAAAUGACGGCCCUCAGCAUGGGCGCUUUUGGCGCUUACAAACACGCUUACAGUAAGUACCUCCAGGAAAGAGAGGCAGCGAACGCGAGGAACCAGCCCACCGAGACUGUGUGGGUUACUAAGCGCUACGUCCCCACAGACCUUAGGUCCACGGCCCCCGUCCCUCGCCACAAGCUCCUGGCGCCAAAAGAACUGCCCUAUGCUGAACAGCAUUGGAUGCCCGUCACAGACCCACCAUUGAGAACAUUUGAUCGGGGCCCUGGACACAAUGUAUUCAAGUCUCAUCCUAGCACGCGGUGUGAGGAGUAUUCCACGCUCAGGCAAAUGCUGCCAUCCAGAGGAUAUUUAGUCCGCUUCCAGCCUCAGAACUGGGGCACUGGUAGUGAGUUGCCAGUUGCGUAUGCUGACACCACCCCUAAAAGAUUUCCUAUCAUUAACAGCCCCAUGGGAAGGUAUGCUGACGAUAUGCACACGACAAACAAGCUCUUCAAAUUACACUGAGUUACAGUAAAGUUACAGAUACGUAACGCGUUACAGGAGUGUGUCAUAAGAUUUACCGUUGUCCAUUGGUCAAUAUUUUCCCCGCCGAUUUCAGACCAUCCCAGUAUUAUAUCAGAACGUCCUUAUUAUUAUUAUUUUAAAUUUAUUUUUUUUGAUUUGUAUUUAGAGAUGUGUGUUAGUUCAUCCUGCAUAAUAUGUGAUGAUGACAUUACUUUUAAUUUUAAUAUGAGUGUGAGGGAAAAUUUAAUCAGUAUUAUGUUGAUUUUUGUAAUUAUUUUUAUCAGUUUUUCUAGAUUUUUGGAGCACAUUCAUUUAGUGCACAUAGUAGUCUCGUGGUGCUUUAUGUCCCCAUUUUUAUUGUUGAUUUCAUAUUUUUACGUACUUUUAUACAUAUCUUUGUAUUUUUCUACAUUUGUUAUUUGCUCAAGUUAUGCUGUGAGUUGUGCCGUAUAUAAAGAAAAAUUAAUACGUUCUUUAGAAGAAGGUGAAUUACAACGAGUUGAUAAAAUCAACAAAAAUGAAUUGUUUUUGAUAUUCUAAUGAUGUAAGGUUAUAUAUAAAAUUAUUUGUUAUUUUAUGAUAUAGAAAUGCCGAGUAUUUUGUCAUGAGGAUUACCUACCAGAUAACUUAUAUAUGUUGAUUUCUCCAAUUAAAUAUCCAAUCACAA